AUGCCCGCCAGCAUGUUCAGCAUCGACAACAUCCUGGCCACCCGGCCGCGCUGCAAGGACGCGGUGCUCCCGGUGGCGCCCAGCGCCGCGGCUCCGGUGGUCUUCCCGGCUCUGCAUGGGGACUCUCUUUAUGGCGCGGGCGGUGGCACCUCUUCGGACUACGGGGCCUUCUACCCGCGUCCUGUGGCCCCUGGAGGCGCGGGCCUCCCGGCCACGGUCGGAGGCUCCCGACUAGGCUACAACAGCUACUUCUACGGGCAGCUGCACGUGCAGGCGGCGCCCGUGGGCCCUGCCUGCUGCGGGGCUGUGCCGCCUCUGGGCGCCCAGCAGUGUUCCUGCGUCCCGACACCCCCAGGCUUCGAGGGCCCCGGCUCUGUGCUGGUGUCCCCGGUGCCACACCAGAUGCUUCCCUACAUGAACGUGGGCACGCUGUCGCGCACUGAGCUGCAGCUGCUCAACCAACUGCACUGUCGGCGGAAGCGGCGGCACCGCACCAUCUUCACCGACGAGCAGCUCGAAGCCCUGGAGAACCUCUUCCAGGAGACGAAGUACCCAGACGUGGGCACUCGGGAGCAGUUGGCCCGGAAGGUGCACCUUCGGGAGGAGAAGGUGGAGGUCUGGUUUAAGAACCGCCGAGCCAAAUGGAGACGACAGAAGCGGUCCUCUUCGGAGGAGUCGGAAAACGCCGAGAAGUGGAACAAGGCGUCCUCGAAAGCCUCGCCCGAGAAGAGGGAAGAGGAAGGUAAAAGCGAUUUGGACUCGGACAGCUGA